AUGGACAUCUCACGAGUUAUCAAGCCCUGGAAACUCAACCCUCAAAGAGAAUUGGUCUUUGUGAACGCGACCAUUGUUGACCCAGCCGAGGGCAAACUGAUCCAGAGCGCUACAGUCCGAAUCUCAGAAGGCAAGGUCGUUCAACUUGUCACAGACGGCUCAACUACAAUCACGGACGACCUCCUCGAAGAAAAUGUGAUCGAUCUGACCGGAAAAUACCUGUGUCCGGGCCUGAUUGAUUGCCAUGUCCAUAUAACAGUAGUUCCAGGCGAGGCUGAUUUACGAUCCUACAAAGAUAUGACCGAACAAAUCAGUCUCCUGCGGCAGCCAUACGUGCUCAAAUCCAUGCUAGACCGCGGCUUUACCUCAAUCCGGGACUGUGGCGGCGCAAGCCUCGCAACCAAGGAAGCCGUCGAAGAAGGCGUGAUCCCAGGCCCUCGUCUCUUCAUCGCUGGACAUGCACUCUCCCAAACCGGUGGACACGGCGACUUGCGCGGGUCCCACGAUACCAAGCUAUGCUGCGGCGGUUCCAUCUCCGGAAUCAGCAGAAUAGUCGACGGUCCAGCAGAGUGUUACAAAUAUGCACGCGAGGAACUACGCCAGGGGGCGGACUUCAUCAAGAUCAUGGGCGGUGGCGGGAUUGCCAGUCCCACGGACCGGAUUGAACAUGUGCAGUUCUCGGAUGAGGAGAUUAGGGCUAUUGUGACCGUUGCGCGGAACGCCGGUACAUAUGUUACGAGUCAUAGUUAUACGCCACGAGCGAUUCAGCAAGCUAUCAAGCUUGGGGUGCGGGGUAUCGAACAUGGGAAUCUUAUUGAUUCUGAGACGGCGAAAAUGAUGGCUGAGAUGGAUGUUUUCUUGACUCCGACGCUUAUUACGCAUGUCAUGUCUAAACAGAUGAAUUUCCUGUCUGCUGACAGUGCUGCUAAGAAUGAGGAGGUUCUCGAGAAGGGAUUGCAGGCAAUAAAGCCGGCUGUCGAUGCGGGUGUGACUGUCUGCUUUGGGACGGAUCUUCUUGGCCCGAUGCAUUUUGCUCAGAGCAAGGAGUUCUCGGUGCGCAGUUCCGUGUUGACUCCGUUGCAGAUUUUGCGUAGUGCUACUGUCAAUGCUGCUCGCCUUCUUAUGCAGGAACAUAGGUUGGGUCAGAUUCGUGAGGGAUUUGUGGCAGAUCUUUUGAUCUUGAAGGGCAAUCCGUUAGAGGAUAUCACUAUUUUGGAUCAGGUGGAGGAGCAUGUUCUAGCUGUGAUCAAGGAUGGGAGGGUUGCUACUUCACGGUGGGAGAAAGUCAAGAUAGAUAUUUGA